UCUGUAGAAUCGUUGAAAUCGAAUAACCGAGUGCACCUUCCAUACUCCGUGAAUCACCUGUUUUGAUUUUGGUGUCAUUUCGAUUCGCGCGCCUACACUACCGCUACAUCGCCUCACAAAUGUCAUGCACGGGUUGUAGUACCAAGUUCGGGCUCCUCACGAGAGAGCAUUCCUGUCCAAAUUGCCAGUUCUCCCACUGUGCAAGGUGCCUCAACUCUGCCAUUCUGGUCCCAAGGCUGCACAAGGAGAAGAAAGUCUGCAGGAAGUGCUUCGAGGCCCUCAGCAAAGUUGGUGGACACAGACCUGACGAGUCUCAGGAGCCCCCAGCGGCACUGCAGAAGCGUCUGGACGCCCUGAUGCACAAGCCGAACAACGGCGGGUCUGCGGCACCCAAGUCGGGGCCGGAGGUGGAGGAGAUCGAGCACAGGCUACGCAAGCUUCGGCAGGACAGUAGAGAGGUCAUACCAAUCCAUGCCGACAUUGAGGACAGACUGGCGAAACUGAAAGGGGUCGACGUCUCCUACUAUCGGCAGGCCCCCAUUACGGUGUACAAGGACAACCGUACAGAUGCCGAGAAGGCAAGCGACCUCUUCAAGCAGACCAUGGGACUGGUGGCCAUGGACAUCCGUCGGACCAACGUGAUCAAGGCCAGUGUGGAUGAGAUGGAGAACCGCCUGGCACGGUUGCGCAGCACCGAGAAGGACCCUCCCGGAGAGGAUGAGGCAGAACCGCCGAGCGAACCAGCGAAGAGGGGCGACACGACAGACGACGAGGCGAAACUUGUCCAGUUAAGCCAGCCGGAGGCACCCGAAGAAGAGGUUCCCGUAGACGAGGUGGCGCGGCUGAUCGGUCAGGAGUUGAAGGCCGCCACGGAGGCAGCGAAGGCGGGCCUCGCAGACCUCCAGAAGGAUGAGGAACUCAUGGUGCAGCUGCGGGCGAUGGAGACCAAGAAAUCAGCAACCUCGAAAGGAGCAGAAGAGGAGGGCGAAGAGUCGGAUGACAGCGGGGCGGCCGCAGACAUUGUUGCCCAGAUCCUCGAAGAGAGCAGACUGGAGGAGCUUGAGGUAGAAGAGGAGCUUGGGCUGCCAAAGCCAGGCGAGGGCUCGCCGGAGGACAAAGAACUUCCCUGGUGCGUCAUCUGCAACAAGGAUGCUGUCCUACGAUGCCACGGCUGUUCGGACGACCUCUACUGUCAGUGGUGCUACAGAGAAUUUCACGACACCGAGCCGCACAGGACCAGCGCCUUCAAAAUGAACCUUCGAGCCUCGAGCGAGCUUAUGCAGUGAAAGUCUGCACAUUGAAGCAAUGUUCCAAAAGAAUUUUGUUGUCAGCUGUGUUUCCUGUUGUAAGGAGGAAUUAUUUAGAACCGAAAUGCUCUACGUGCUUCCCACGCUUCACCACGCAUGUUGUGUGCAGUGUUGGCAAAGGUACAUAGGUCUGCUGCGGAACAUGCCUUUUCUGCACAAGCAUGCGCCCAAGGCAAGCAUUAUGUCAUACCACGUGCUCAUGCUUUCCGAAAUGCUGUACAUGUCUUGAGGGGAAGUAUAACAAGCACUUCUAAAGGACGCGUUUUUAUAAAUAUGUAUUAA